AUGAAAGGAAAUAAUGGAGGCCUCGAUGACGAAGAAAUACUUGAAAGCGUUUAUACAAUCCUUGUACUUGUGGUAACUCCCACGGUGUCUGCGCUAGGCAUAGUUGGGAACUGUUUUGGCGUUGCUGUUUUGUUUAAGCAAGGAUUGAGGAAAAGCUCAAAUAUUUUUCUCAUUGUUUUGGCGGUCGCCGAUAUGAUAUAUUUGGUCUCAUUUAACGGGGAACGCCUAAUUCUUUACCACUUAAUCGAUCUGGAGGCUUUUCGUUUUCUGUCGGAUCAAACGUGUAGCGAUUUUAUGGUUUUAUUUUGUAUCUUCUUUUAUUUCGAUUACUCAACUGCUACCGUCUCAUACACUUUACCAACAUUAAUUACUAUUGAAAGACUGAUAGCUGUUUUUGCCCCACUUAGUUUCCACAGAAUUGUAACAGUUAGAAGGACGUGGAUAAUUGUGUUAUUAAUGUGUUUGACAUGGUUCGCAUUUCUCAUAUAUCCAAGUUUCUUUCUGGAACUUCGUGUUGCCAAUGGCAGCAUCAACAAGUCGUCUGCGUUUAUUGAACACAAAUUUGUGACUGUCAGCGGUCCGGCUUUAGAAGUUCUUGAGCAUUUUCUGCUCUACUGCGCAAUGACAAUCUCGCCAAUUUUCACAGCUUUUGGAUGUUUAAUUAUCUCAUUGAAGCUGAAAUUUGAAAAUGUCAAGAGAAAGAGAAUGACAACAAGAGAAAAAUCCUCAAACCGUACAACGUUGAUGCUUUUAUCUGUUUGCGUUGUUUAUAUAGUAACUUGCAUCAUUCAGUCUCUGCACAUUUAUUUACCAAAUGAGAUUGUGUCUACAGUCUUUACUGACAGGAGCCCUUCGAAUCUAUCCAAGAUUUUGCACCAGUCAGCCAACAUUGCUUCGUGCAUUAACUGUUCCAGCAACUUUGUUGUCUAUAUUUGUACCAACAAACAAUUCCGAAAUGUUUACGUGGAGAUUUUUUGUCGUUUCCGAAAGAAACGAGUUUGGUAA